AUGGCCACAGAAGAGAAGCAUGACCCAGGUUCUCCUGGUGCUGGGCGCUCGAACAGUGUCUUGAUUAGAGGUGCCAAAUCGGCGACCGACAAAGAGCAUGGCAUGUCCCUGAUUCAAGGUGUGAAGCUGUAUCCGAAAGCCAUCGGGUGGAGCAUCCUUAUCAGUACGUGCAUUGCAAUGGAAGGCUUUGAUGUCUGCCUACUCCCGAAUUUUUACAACUUCCCAAAGUUCAAGGAAAAGUACGGCCAUCAGCUCCCAAAUGGAAGCUGGGAAAUCCCUGCGCCCUGGCAAGCUGGCCUGCAGAACGGUUCACAAGUAGGCCAAAUCAUCGGUCUCUUUAUCAACGGAUAUGUCUCCGAAUGGAUUGGUUAUCGAUGGACGGUUCUCACCUGUCUAACUCUUGUCGCUGCAUUUACAGCCAUUCUCUUCACUGCUCAGAGCGUUGAAAUUCUCCUCAUUGGGUACAUCUUCUCGGGCAUCCCUUGGGGCGUUUUCCAAACCUUGACAAUCACGUAUGCUUCAGAGGUCUGCCCUGUCGCUCUUCGAGGAUACUUGACAACGUAUGUGAACUUUUGCUGGGGACUUGGACAGGUCAUUGGAAUUGGCUCCAUCAAAGGCAGCUUAAACCGUACAGAUCAGUGGUCAUAUCGAAUUCCCUAUGCCUUGCAAUGGAUGUGGCCCCUACCUCUGGGCGUCGGCAUUUUCAUGGCUCCGGAGUCACCAUGGUGGUUGGUCAGGAAAGGAAGGAUUGCUGAUGCCAAAAAGGCCCUCCUUCGUUUGACAAGUCUCAAUAAAGAAACACAUUUUGAUGCUGAUGAAACUAUUGCCAUGAUUGCUCAUACCACCGCUCUUGAGACGGAAAUCACUCGCGGUAGUUCCUACCUUGAUUGCUUCAAGGGCACGGAUCUCCGCCGUACUGAGAUCGUCUGCAUGUGCUGGGCAAUUCAGAAUCUCUCGGGCAAUUCGUUCAGCGGUUAUUCCUCCUACUUCCUCACCCAAGCUGGUCUAGAUCCAUCAACAUCCUACAGUUUUGCCCUGGGUCAAUACAGUAUCAAUAUGGUUGGCGUGUUCGGUGUCUGGUUGAUCAUGAGCUGGGGUGUUGGCCGCAGGACUCUCUUUCUUUACGGCCUUUGCGGCCUGUUCACGAUGUUAAUGAUCAUGGGCUUUCUCGGAAUUCCAAAGAACCGUGAAUCUGCUGCUAUGGCAACCGGCAGCAUUAUGAUCGUCUGGGCAGCCGUGUAUCAACUGUCUGUCGGCACAGUAACCUACUCCUUGGUGGCAGAAAUGUCCACUCGAAGGUUGCAGAUUAAGACCGUGGUCCUCGGGCGCAACCUCUACAAUGUUGUAAGCAUUAUUUGCUCAGUCAUCACCCCAUACAUGCUUAAUCCGGGUGAUUGGAACUGGGGGAACUACGCCGGAUUCUUCUGGGCGGGGGCCUGCUUUCUGUGCAUCAUUUACACCUAUUUCAGGGUUCCAGAACCAGCUGGUCGGUCUUUCGCCGAAUUGGAUCUGCUAUUCGAACGGAAGGUCAGUGCGAGAAAGUUCGCUUCCACCGAGGUGAACGUGUUUGAACUUGAAGUGCACGGAGACAUCGUUGAACAAGCAGAAAAGGGACUUAGUGUCACCGCGGCACAUCAGGAGAGUGUUAAACUCGAGCAGAAAGCAGCAUGA